GGCCGCCGAGAGCGCAGCGCGCAGGCGCCGGAGCUGAGGCGUGGCGAGGCGAGGCGAGCGGAGCGGAGCGCGGUGGAGGAGUACGAGCCGGGUCGGUUCCACCUCCCCCCGCCAACCGCCGCCGGGCGCCAUGCAGGUGCUUCGGGCCCUCCUGACCUUUGCCGUGGUGGCAGCCGGCCGGAGCGAGGCCUCCCGCGGGGAGCAGCCGCCCGCAGUGCCUUCACCAACAGGGAUCCAAGUAACAUCGGAAAAUUUCAAAACUACCUUGCAUUGGCAGUAUCCAUCUACGUCUGAAACUCCUCACUUUAUUGUGGAAAUCAAACCUUACAAUCUGGGUUCCUAUAAGAUCGUCUCAACUUGUGUGAACAUUUCGGCUCAUUUUUGUGAUGUCUCAAGGGAAAUAGAUGAUCCUUUUGCCUCUCACUGGCUUCGAGUUAAAGCUGUUGUUGGGUCACAACAGUCUGACUAUGUUGAGACAGAUGAGUUUAUUUUGCAAAAGCGUGGAAAAAUAGGACCACCAAAACUAAAUCUCUCAAGGCACGGUGAUAAAAUCAUGGUUGAUGUUUACCAUCCUGCAUUCCCAUCUGUGGAGCUUCUUCCUUGGAUGGAAGAAACUUACUUACAGCUCAAGUACAUGGUGACUUUUUGGGAUAAGAAAAAUCAGAGUAAGGAAGUGUUCCCUGGAGAUAACUGUACGAUGUAUAAAUGUAGCCUCAACAUCCCAAUUACUGCUCCAGGUUCCACUUACUGUGUUUCAGCAAAGGGAAGUUUCUAUGACGAUCUGAUGUUUGGCGCCCCAUCAGAAGAAAACUGCAUUUAUGUUCCUCUCAAGCAGACAUUGAGCACACAAUAUAUCUUCAUUCCAUGUGUUGUUGUUAUUCUGAGCCUGAGUAUAAUGUUGACAGUAUGUUGUGGCUGCAAGAAACUAAGGAAGAAGAACAUAAAGCUGCCUAAGUCUUUGGUCAGUGUGAUAAGAAACCUGAACACAGACAGCAUUCUAGAAUCAAAAUCGGAGCCAAAAUACGUAUCUGUAAUAAGCUUUGUGCCAGGCCAGUCAGCAUCGCCAGUGAAUAAUGAUGAAGUAACCUCACUGGAGGUGGAGCCACAAGAAGAAGCUGUUAGUUGUGAGAAUUCCAGUGAAGGAGCAUCUUCUGUUCCUCCCCCAGAGGCACCAGCCAAAGCAGAAGAGGUGUCUGUGCAGGAAAGCACAGAAGAGGUGUCUUCUGAUGACGAACAGAAUAGCAAAGUAAAGGACAGUUAUUUCAUUUCUGACCACAGCCAAAUGGAUAUAUGCAUUAAUUCUUCAGGUCCAGAGGUUUCUGACACAGAAAUACAACAAACAGUCAUUCCAAGCAGCAGCCUCAAGUUUUCUGGCUAUGACAAGCCUCAUGUUCCAUUAGAUAUGUUGAUAGAUGUUGGUGAAGAACAGCCUGUGAUUGCUUACAGACCAACUGACUAACAAGGAUAGCUGAAGUGUUUAAGCAGAACUCAGGAAGAACAGCAUUACUGAAGACUUUGGAAAGUCUGGGUUAUAUUAUGAACAUCUACAAGUUGUACUUGUUCUGAUCCAACCAGAGUAACCAGUACACAACUUAGUACAGUGGGAUCCUGAAAUGGGACUGAAAGUAGUGCUGAGAACAGCAUAAAAAGUGGGGGGAAAUUUCAUAAUAACUACUUUUAGACGUGUUUGUGUAUAUGACAUAAAUCACGAUUUCCUAUUUGAAAUAGCCCUCUGCUUUUUUAACAGUAGUCUAUGGAGAACAGACUUCAUGAAGGAGUUUAAAACAGCAGCUAUGUCAUUAUUCCCUUCUAUGUCAAAUCUUUUUCAAAAUCAAUUUGAUGAACAUUAUGCUUACGAAGUCCUUCACUCGGUUACAGUAGAGACGUGCAAGAAAUAUUUGAGAGUUUUUGCCUUUAUUGGAGGUGUUCUCCUGCUUGCUUUUUUUUUCCUUCUUUAAGAGUAUUUUUGUAUUAAAUGAAAUGCUACUAUUUCUUUCAGGUAGGAAUAUGCCUAUAACCUUUUCCUGUAUAUCUUAAGAAUUUGGUUUCAUGGCCAAAACACAGUUAUUUAUAGUCUUCUCUGCAACUAGAAGUAUGUACUUACUUUAUACAUUUCAGUGAGUAUGUGAUAGACUUUUUCCUUUGUAACAUAAGUCUUGUGACUAAAGAAGCUGUUUCUAAAAGUGCUGUUAUUUGUGUAUAGCUGCAUACAUUUGGAUCACCUGGAUACAUUGUGUAACCAUGUCACAUUCUGGAUAAUUCCUGUAUUAGCAUGCUGGCUGAUCAUCAUUGGAAGAAAAGUGUAUAUUGGGUGGUUGCACAAAUUCUUCAGAAAAUCUUUUCAAAAUUCAAAAGCCUGUUUUCCUCCAGAGAAUUUUUAUGCUAAUUCUUAGAACAGUGUGAUAUUUUUUUUUUAAUAGAACUAUACAUGUUAUCUUCCUCUAAAAAUAUAUUUCAAGACAAUAGAAAAGUAGUGUGGUAAGUUGUGGUUCGGAACUUACUGUCACCUGACAGGCCUCUGAAUUUUGUAGCAUGAGACUGUAGUUUUGAAAACCAAAGGGUAAGGAUUUUAUUUUUUUUAUAUUUAAAAACUUCUGAGUCUAAUGCCUGCAAUCCAGUUAUUUCCCUUUAGCCAAGUCUUCAUCGGUAUUUCCUGUUUGUGGGAAAUGCUUACAAUAAUUCUUAAUGAAGCUUAGUUCAGGGAAAAAAAGUAUGUUUUACAGACACAAGGUGGUGCAUUUAUACAAAAUUGUGUCUUUGUUUUAAAAGAUAUUUUCUGUAGGAUUAUCAGAAAUGUUUGCAUAUUAUAGAAGGUGAUUUAAAGGAAAAGUAAUAUCAUAGUACUUCUGUCCUUACAUUUCUCAGUGGCAUGAGUAUUCCUAAGAUAAAGUUUGUUUAUACAGCAGUUUCUGGACUGUUUCCAUUCCUGCAGAUAUCAGACGUUAACCACAGCGGUACAUACUCAAUUCCCAAUGAUUUAAACACAAUAGCUAUUUUUCUAUUCUCUACUCAUGGGAAGAUAACAGAUCUGUUAGCAGGGUUUUGAUAACUUUAGGAAAAGCCAAAUCAAACAGGUGAAUUUUGUAGUUAUGGUGUCCUAGCCCAACUAGAAGGAUUUCAGUAUGCAUUAGCUGGCUUUGAUUCAAGUCUGCAUUAUGUUCAAAUGUAGGGAGACCCCCUGGUAACUUCUUCAAUGUCACGUUCUGGGUUGAGUUCCUAGAAGGCAAUGCUGGUGACUAACUGCUUAGCAUCCACUGGUGUGUAGAUAUCAGCUUUGCAGAAGUGCAGAAAAUAACUCUCUUGGCGGGGGGGUAGUUACAUAGCAUAGAAAGACACGCUUACUCUGUAAGCUGAAAAUCAGGCGCAGGAGUUUGAGUGCUUUGUGCUAUACAGCAUACCUAGAUAUAGAUAUAUAUGUGCACACAACUGACCUCUUCUUGUAACUAUCGCGGAGUUAUAUGUGUUAGGGAUUUAUUUGUGAAAAAUUCAGAAGUGUAACUACAAAAGCUACUGAAUUAUCACCAUCCUUGCAGGUAUGUCCUCUGUGCGCUGUGUACUUAACAAGUAUCCAGUACCAUGGGGAUAGUUUAGGUGUUUAAAUUGGUCAGGCCAACUUGCAGGUUUUAUAACUGUGAAGUAAAGAAGUUUAAAGGUGCGCAAAGUACCAGUUUCUCUUAGUAGCUGUGACUAGCUGAAAACAUGAGACCACAUUGAGACGAGAAUGUGUUCCCUGGGUCAUUAAGCUCUAUUUCCCCCAGUCUUGAUUCUAGCAGUUGCUAGCGGUGGUGUUAGGAGAGAGCCUAAAAACAGGGCAAGUUCACGAUGACAUUUCUGCUAGGAUACAGUUCAGCAGCCUGCAGUGUGAGGACUUCUUGGGACAGGGAACGUGGAAAUGCCUUACCAGUUAUGGCUAAUUAGCCUUGCUUUUGCACUACUCUAAUACCAAAUAUCUGAGCCAUGUGGUUGGGGAGGUGUCAGGUAGUAUUUAUCCAUGCAUUUUCACUUAACUACUAAAUUAGUUUAAAUUAAUAAAUUUUUAUUCUUGUGAUGAAGAAGUAGUUUGUUCAAGCUUCUGGAUAUUCAUGCAUAGCACCUUGACACAGGAUAUCAGUGCCUAACAUUUACACGUUCAACAUCAUUUCAUAUUUGUGCCUUUUACAGAUGUAUCAGGUAUCCAAUAUGACAUACACAGAAGGUUUCACUACUUCGAGCUGUUUCAGGUGACUUUACUUUGUCACCACCACUCACAUUCCUCCCUUCCUGUCUCCUAAAAGGUGAUUUGGGAGAUGAUGGAAUACGAGACUCCAAAACAUUGUAUCCUGUGUAUGAGAAAUUGCAUCACAAAACUUUGGCCUAAUACCUGACAACUUUUCUAAGUUCUUUAGUUCUUGAUUUUUGGAUGGACAUUGUAACUUUUUAUUAUCAGAUCAGCAAUUAAGAAUGAAGUUUUGUGGUAAUACUGCACGCUGGCACAGAAGCACCGGAUGUUCUGCUUUUAUGUUUUUUCCACAUAAAUCAAUAAUGUAGUUUAAAAAACUAACUCUUGUCAAAUCUACUGCCAUCUGUAGAAAUAAGACAUCUUGUAGCGUCCUAGUUGCUUAGAACAGAUGUGCGUAUUUGUAUGUAGUCCUUCACUAGUUAAGAUUGCAGGAAGAGAAACUUGCAUGAGAAGAGCUGUUUUUCUCGAGGCUAGAAAUAACCAGUUGCUCUGAAGUGGUGCCAUGUAAACAGUUUAGUAUUAAUAAAGAAGAGUUGUUGUACUUGGUUCAAUUAAUAGUUUCAGCAUGUCUAAAAACAAACAACCCCACAAAACAACAAACCAAACACAAAGCAACUUUCAUCUUAUAAAAUAAGUGAGCUGCAUAGAUUUCUUUAGUGUGGUUUUAAAAAAAACAGUCCUUUAACUAUGAAGCCCUUGGUUAUUAAUACAAUUUCUAUAUUCUCCAAAUGGAUGCGAUCAUUGGGCUAGGUUGGACCUCCAGGGGUCUACGGUUCAUUCUUCUCCCCAGAACUGCAUCACUCCUCCUGCGUGUUUGUCUAAAGACUCCACAACCCCAUCAGGCAAUUUAUUCUAAGAGUUCUUUACCCCUAGAAAGUAUUUUAUAAUGCGAGUCCUCCUGGCUUUAGAAACGUAAUUAUCCAUAAUGGGCCUGCUGAACAUACUUUGGUUCUUGUCUGAAAUUUGUAACUAAAUGACUUGUAAAUAUUGUAAAUUCUAAAUGUUUUUACGUUGAAUUAAAAAAAAUCUCAAAGACAAAA